AUGCGUCGAAGCCCUGAUUACAGGACGGUCGAACUGACAAUUGUUCAAAGUCGUAAAAGUGGUAGUGAUGAUUAUUUGAUCAAGAAGCAAAACAACAAGAAAAAUCCAGACAGCAAUGAUAAUACCAAUCCAGUAAUGGAAUCACACAUUCAUCAGGUGCAAUUUCAUUUGGAAAAAAGAAGAAUAGGAGAAGACGAGCAAGAUGGCUCCUUUUGCGUCAUCAUCGAUUUACUCAAAAGACACGAAAUUCGAGCAGACCAAACAGUUUACAACGCGGUUAACAUUCGCAAGAACUAUUUGCGCGGUUAUUGCGCCAGCUUUAUCGCCUUCCUGUCGCCUCUUGGAAGUGAAGUUGGUCCAAGAAUCAUGCUUUCAAAGCAGGCGCAAUUUUCUGCAUCUAAAUCAGGAAGAAAGAAAGGACGAGCAGCUGUAAACAGACUUUCCAACUUGAAGAUCUGGCAGUUAUACAUGUCUGUUGGCGUACGCUCUGGUGUUGCCUCUUAG